AUGGCGCUCCGGACAACCCAACGCGCACCUCGUAGCUGUUUCGCAUGCUCAUCCCGCAAGGUCAAAUGCGACAAGAAUGUACCUUGCUCAACUUGUAUCAAGCGAGGACAAGCAGAUGCCUGCGCCAGAGAGAUGGUUAUUGUGCGGGGCGCCGUGACAACAUGGACGGAUUCGCCGGAUCUUCUCACGUAUGACGAGCUCAAGGCCGAGAAUCAGCGUCUUCGCGACGAGAUUGAAUUGUUGAAGCGCCAGCAGGUGUCCAGCUCACCUGCUCUACCUGGCGGAAAGUUGCGGAGAAGUCUGGGAAAUGAUGAUGAGCUAGAGAAGAGACUGUGGAAAUUCGUCUCCGCAUCAUCACCGGCUUCUCACACUGCGACCGGCUGGGGAAGCAUCGUAAUGCCUAGCCGUCGAUGUAGUGAGCAACUAGUAGAUUUUGACCGCAUAUGGAACUCAUGGGUUCACUAUGCUCUCGAGUAUCCCGCGUUUGAAAGUGAGUGUGACGAGUUCUAUGCAGAGCUCGAGAAGGGACGGGCAUUGGAAGAAUAUGAUCCAGCAUGGUUAGCGGUAUACUUUGCUGUUUUAUGCGCUGCCUUGUUAAUGAUGGCUGAGGAUGAAGCCAGCCGUGUGUUUCUCCCUCAAGGGUUUGAUCAAAAGAGAGCAGGCAAGAUGUGGUAUGACGCCUCCAUCUUCUGCCUCCAUCGCUCUGACUUCAUGAGAACACGCUCAAUCCGCUUCGUCCAGGCAGUCGCCAUCCUCGGAAUGUGUUUCAACAACUGGGGAGACUCGGAUUUAGAUGUCCACCUGUGGAGUUGCGCUCUCCGGGUAGCACAGAACAUUUCUCUACACAGCCCCCCGUCUAGCGCAACGAACAUACUCAGUGCAGAAGGUCAACGCCGGCUCUGGAUGCGAGUCCCCUACCAAAUACCACAGGUUGAUGAGGUCGACUUCGACAUGACUCUGCCAGUAUCUACAAUGACUCCCGACGAAAACAUGCACGUAGAUCCCGUUCAUUAUCACAUCUUCAUGGCCAGAGCAGCCACUGCCUAUUAUCGAUUCUGUGUGGCCAUCCGAGCUGCGGUCAAACCGGUUGAGGAAGCCGUUAGGAAGGCAGACGAGGAACUGGCCGAAGUUAUCAACACUCUACCUGAGUAUCUGAAGCCCGACAACUCGGGAAGCGAACACGUUCGCCAGCUGGAAGAAGCCCAACCCUGGAUCAAGUGGCAAAGGUUUGAUGUGACUGUCGUCCUACUGCAUCUCCGGGUACGGAUCAAUCGUGCUCUCCAGGCGCAAUGGCAGGCAGAGCCCCAGAGAUACUCUUGGGCCAAAACAAUUAGCGUCACGUCCGCAAUGAGUGUGAUAUGGAUUAAUAACAAUUGGGACCAACCAGCGUCUAUGCGCAAGCAGUGGGCUUUAUCGUUUCACGUCUUUGUUGCUGCGACCUUGUUGUUGCGCGAGCAUCAGACAGCUCCCGACGAUCAAGAUGAGGCAUAUUGGGAAUCUAUGAACACCGCGCUAUACCUUCUAGACCAAGUCAGGGACCAGAGUGCAGUUGCUCAACAGGCCGCUAUCAUUCUUCGAGCGGAACUAAACAAGGGAUGA